AGCCCCGUCUCGCCUCCUGCCCGCCCGGGAGACGCGAGCAGAGCAGAGCGGAGCAGAGCAGCGGAAAGGAGGGCCUCGGCUUCGCGGAGCGGCUCGCGCAGGUGGUUGUUUGAAGUCCAGCUUGGAGUCUGAGAUGCAUGAGCGUUUGGAGGCCUCCCUUUGACUUAAGGUACGAUGUGAAUAUGCGUUGCUUGGCGGCUCGGGUCAACUAUAAGACUCUGAUCAUCAUCUGUGUUCUCUUCACCCUGGUCACUGUCCUGCUCUGGAACCGAUGCUCCAGCAACCGAGCGGCACCGUUCCCACGUGACGCCAACAGCGCCCUCCGAGCAGAGGGACUGGAGAAGCGAGCCGCUGCCUCGGAGAGCGACAACGAUGUGAACAGCCUGGCCAAGCAGCAGAGCGAGGAGGCCUCCCCGCAAGAGCAGCAGAAGGCUCCCCCCGUGGUCGGGGGCUUCAACGGGAACAAAGUCCCAGGGCUGAAGUACGAGGAGAUCGACUGCCUCAUCAACGAGGAGUACACCAUCAAAGGCCGGCAGGAGGGGGCCGAGGUCUUCCUGCCGUUCUCGUGGGUGGAGAAGUACUUCGAGGUCUACGGGAAGGUCGCCCAGUACGAUGGCUACGACCGCUUUGAGUUCUCGCACAGCUACUCGAAGGUGUAUGCCCAGAGAGCUCCUUACCAUCCGGAUGGCGUCUUCAUGUCCUUCGAAGGCUACAACGUGGAGGUCCGGGACCGUGUGAAGUGCAUCAGUGGUGUCGAAGGCGUGCCGUUAUCCACCCAGUGGGGGCCUCAAGGCUAUUUCUACCCCAUCCAGAUCGCUCAGUACGGGCUCAGCCAUUACAGCAAGAACCUGACUGAGAAGCCGCCUCACAUCGAGGUGUAUGAAACAGCCGAGGAGCGGGACCAAAGCAGCCGGCCGGGCGACUGGACCGUCCCGAAAGGCUGCUCCGUCACCACCUUGCCUGACAAGUCCAGAUUCACAAACGUCAAGCAGUUUGUUGUUCCAGAGAACUCUGAGGGGGCGUCUCUGGAGCUCGGAAACGCGAGGGAUUUCAUUAUUUCUUUUGACCUCAAGUUCGCAACGAACGGAAGCGUUUCGGUGGUUCUGGAGACGACCGAGAAGAACCAGCUGUUCACGGUGCACUAUGUCACGAACUCUCAGCUGAUUGCCUUCAAGGAUAAAAGCAUCACCUACGGCAUCGGGCCGCGGACUAGCUGGAGCACGCUCACCCGAGACCUGGUGACAGACCUCCGGAAGGGGGUCGGCCUCUCGAACACGAAAGCCGUCAAGCAGACCAAACUCAUGCCCAAGCGGGUGGUGAGGCUGGUGGUGAAGGGGAAGGGCUUCCUCGACAACGUCACCAUCUCUACCACGGCCCACAUGGCCGCUUUCUUUGCCGCUAGCGAUUGGCUGGUGAGGAACCAGGACGAGAAGGGCGGGUGGCCCAUCAUGGUGACUCGGAAGCUGGGGGAGGGGUUCAGGUCUUUGGACCCAGGCUGGUACUCCGCCAUGGCCCAAGGGCAGGCCAUCUCCACCCUGGUCCGAGCCUACCUGCUGACCAAGGACCACACCUUCCUCAGUUCGGCUUUGCGGGCGACGGCACCUUACAAGCUCUCGUCGGAGCAACGCGGCGUGAAGGCCGUCUUCAUGAACAAGUAUGACUGGUACGAGGAAUACCCGACUUGGCCCAGCUCCUUCGUGCUGAACGGAUUCGUGUACUCUCUGAUCGGGCUGUACGACUUAAAGGAAGUGGCGGGGGAGAAGCUAGGGAGGGAGGCGAAGCUUCUGUACGAGCGGGGCAUGGAGUCCCUCAAGGCCAUGCUUCCGCUGUACGACACGGGCUCAGGGACCAUCUACGACCUCCGCCACUUCAUGCUCGGCACGUCCCCCAACCUGGCCCGGUGGGACUACCACACCACCCACAUCAACCAGCUCCAGCUGCUCAGCACGAUAGACGAGUCCGCCGUCUUCAGAGAGUUUUUCAAGCGGUGGAAGAGCUACCUGAGAGGGAGCAAGGCCAAGCACAACUGAGCCGAGCCCGGAGCCAAAAGGGGCGUUUCCCCCCCAACCGACCGCUUUGCUGGUGAACGGCCGUCUUUCGAGCGACACAGUUGAAAAGGUGGCGCGCGUAUGUGUGUGCGUGCGUUUGUCAGCUUUUGAAAACGGGGCUCUGUUUCAAAGAAGUGGUCCUUAAAACCCAUCUUUUUAACCGAUUGCAUUCCAAUGAGAAAUACUUGAGCGUGGGAAGGCGGGGAUCGCAAAGCAGACGUUCAAGCCAAGAAAGGAGCGUGGCUCCAAGUGUCCGGUGCCGUCCUAGGCAGUUUUGCUCCAGGUCAAGCCCACGGCGGGUUUGAACUGGAGCAGCUCCGCUUGAGGAUUGUGCUGUUCCAUUGUCAUGCGUGUGUCCUCAUGAGGGUUUCCCCCCUUCUUUAGGGGAAAAGAAGGAAUGGACAGGUGGCUUUCACAAUUCAGUGUCUGGCAGGAAAAAUAGAUUGUGGCCUCUUUAAAAUUUAAAAAAAAAAUAGAAUUCUGUUUGCAACAGCAUUGGGGAAAAAAUGUUAUUUUUUACAGGACACCUCUGGAUCCUAGACAGUGGACAGUGUUCCUCUUUUGGAGGGAAAAAGUGCAGUUUUUUUUAAUAUACUUCUGUUUCCUUCUGGGG